UACUGACUCACUCACAGAAUGCAGAGAUUUGACUGGCUGAGGAGCAUCAUGUCAAACAAUUUACAAUGCAUGCAAUUGGUCUGUGAUUUUCCUGAGCAGCUAAACCAGUUGGCGUAAAGGCCAGAAAGGCUGCGGCAGUUAAAAUAAUAAUGCUUCAUCAAAGUUUAGCAAUACUCAGUCAUUUAUUGGUUAUAGAUUCGGGUCCGGAUUGGAUGGUGUCUAUGUCCGGACCCGGACCGUGGUCCACCUAUGAGUGACCUCUGAUGUAGAUGUAAAGAUUGUUCAACAUUCUGGGAAACAACCGGCUCACUGUAAUCCAACAUCCAACAGAGUUGAGUGGAAGGUAUUUAAGGUGUACAAAUUAUUGUAAAACUGGGCAGCACUUCUAGUUCAGUGGAUAAUGCUUCCGCCUUGCAAUAACAGGGUUGAGAGUUCGAGCCUGGCUGUCAGCAAAUUGCGGUCUCACUCAUUACAGGUGGUUUUAGUCAUAUUGAAUGCCACUGACUUUCAAACUGGACCCUAACCACCAAUACGUACAAAACACAGUCACUCCUUGAAGAUAACAAGAAAGUGCAUACUUAACUGUAAAUCUUCCCCAACAACCCUUCAUCUGUAUCUACCUCAGAAUUCUUCACCCCAUCAAUACAUUGCUGACCCUCAAAUUACUGUCUCCAUUUCAAAAAACUCAACUAUUAAACUGUGAGGUGCCCUUAUCAACAGCAGAAGCCAUGGCACGGAAAAUCAGCAACGGCAAGGACAUUUCCUCCAGCCUGGACCAUGACAACUCCACUAAGGUGCUGUGGUCAGGGUUCAAUAGAUCAGCAAAGUUACACGAUACUCAUAAAAUACACCGUGUGGUCACACCAACAGACUGAGCCACCGGAAGAUAACUUGUUUCAUCUCUGAAAUGAAUGUCAAGAUUCAAGAUAUUAACAAAGAAAUUAAAUCAUACCAUGAUACAACAAAUGAAUGGAAGUCAAAGUUUACAGCUGGACCAACGCAUAAAAAAACCAAGACAUGAAUCCUGGAGAAAAUCGGGGCUUCGAAGAGGUUAGACAUUCAAAAACUGCAAACCCUUGUGCCAAUUUCACAGCAAAUCUGGAUUGUUCAGAUGUGACGAAGAGGACUCAGUUGUUAAUUGACAGUUGGGAACAAAUGACAAACUGCUGUGACAAAACAGAAAUGUAUAAUCGCUUGAUGGGACUGCUUCCAUCUAAGGGAGAGGAAGAUGGUAAUGAUGCUGUGUGUUCUGAUACAGUACGGCAAUGGCAUAUCAAAGAUUUCAACAGAAGAGAACCUGAAAGAGACAAACAAUUUGCAUAUGCCAUGGUCCUCUUGAAGGACAACAGCAGAAAGGAUUUUCCAGCAGUUCAUCCAGAAUUUCAGAAGAAGAAGAAAGAGUCUGGUGCCCUGCGCACCAAAGCAGACCAAAGGAGACCGACCAUCAGAGCAUCAACACACAGUGAAGAGAUUGUAAUCAAACAACUGGAUGAUUAUCUACAGCACAAUGGGAUGAUGGUGAAACACAUUUUGAUUUAUACACUUAAUAGCCCGUGUUUGAAAAGGGGAGACCAAAUUGUCCCUUGUAUGUUUCAGCUUUUACACAAAGCCCAUGAAUGGCGUCAGCAUUAUGAAGUUUGUACUGAUGUGGCAUUUACAAAGUUUUGGGGACUAAGUGGUCCAAAUUAUUUUAAAUAUCUCAACUAUUCUACCAUCUCAUGUCCUGACAGUCCUUUUCAUUCACAUAUUGUGAAAUGCAAGGACGUCCCUUUCAAACUGGAUCCUAAGAAUCUGAGGGACAUUUUCAACAAGAGUGAUAUCAGCAACACUCUGUCACAUGUUAAAGACACGGAUAAGAACACACUCCGCAGGGGCAUUACAUCUGCUCAAAAAACCCUUGUGAACCUGGCAGAAACUUCAUUUGGUCUGCGUGGCGAUCAUUUGGACCGGGGAAAGCAGACAAUUGGUUCUUUGACUUUUCUGCCAGCAGUACACCACAAAGUUUGUGAAAAAUUACAGGAGCAGUGGAAAGAAAUGAUCAGCAACAGUUCAAUGACGCCCAUCAGAGAAUACAUCGCUGAAGAAUUCAACUGUGCUGUAGUCCAUCAUUUCAAAGAACAGUUAAAGUCAUUUCUGGGGAACAGCAGCCCACUGCAGCUUCACCGCAUUCCUCGCAGGUCACCAAACAGCCUGUUAAGAGACUGGGGAGGUGGUAUAGAGCCCAACUGAAUGACAAGUGUGAUGGAGAUGUUUAACCACGCAGAGAGGCGGCUACGAGCCCUGGAGAAGAGUGGCCUUUCAGGGAAGUGCAAGACCUGCGGCUACCAUCAUGGAGUCUUUCCCACACCUUGGUGGACACUGCUGGUACAUGAGGCUCUCUGGUCAUCAGCAGAGACUGUCCAUCCAUCCAUCCAUCCAUCCAUCCAUCCAUCCAGUUUCAACUGCUCAUGCGGGCUGCGUCGCGGGUUCAACAGGCCAAGCAAAGCAUCACAGACGUCCCUCUCCCCAGCAAUGCUUUCCAGCUCCUCCUGGGGGACCCCAAGGCGCUCCCAGGCCAGAUGAGACAUGUAAUCCCUCCAGCGUGUUCUUGGUCUGCCCUUUCCAAGUCCACAAAGCACAUGUAGAUUGGAUGGGCAGACUCCCACGACCCCUCCGUCAGCCUCGCAAGAGUAAAGAGCUGGUCCACUGUU